AUGGCUAACACACAUAAUGUGACUGAAUUCAUUUUUCUGGGACUUUCUCCUAAUCAGGACGUGCAGAAAGUUUGCUUUGUGAUAUUUCUGCUCUUGUACACAGCAAUCGUGCUGGGGAAUUUCCUCAUCGUGCUCAUUGUCUUAGCCAGCAGAAGUCUUCGUUCCCCCAUGUACUUCUUCCUCAGCUACCUGUCCUUCGUGGAGAUCUGCUACGCCUCCACGACGGCCCCCAAACUCAUCUCAGAUUUGCUGGCUGAAAGGAAAGCCAUAUCCCUGUGGGGCUGCAUGACACAGCUUUUCUUCAUCCACUUCUUUGGUGGCACUGAGAUUUUCCUGCUCACCGUGAUGGCCUAUGACCGCUACGUGGCCAUCUGCAAACCCCUCAACUACACCACCAUCAUGAACCGGCAGGCGUGUGCUGUCCUGGUGGGGAUAGCAUGGCUGGGGGGCUUUGUGCAUUCCUUUGCCCAAAUCCUGCUCACCUUCCGCUUGCCUUUCUGUGGCCCCAACGUGAUCGACCACUAUUUCUGUGACCUGCUUCCCUUGCUCAAACUCGCCUGCUCUGACACCUUCCUCAUUGGCCUGCUGAUUGUUGUUAAUGGGGGGACCCUGUCUGUGUUCUGUUUUCUGAUCCUCUUGACCUCCUAUGUGGUCAUCCUGCUGCACCUGAGGACCCGGAGCUCCGAGGGGCGGCGCAAGGCCCUCUCCACCUGUGCGUCACACAUCACCGUGGUGAUCUUGUUCUUUGGGCCCUGCAUCUUCAUCUACCUGAGGCCUUCUGCCACCCUGCCUGUGGACAAGGUGGUGGCCAUAUUCUACACAGUGAUCACACCUCUCCUCAACCCUCUCAUCUACUCCCUGAGAAACGCUGAAGUGAAGAAGGCCAUGAAAAGGCUGUGGGUGAGGACCAUGAGACAGGACUGGAAGUAG